AUGCGCAAGCGCCGCCGAGAAGUGACUUCUCCAAAAAAAGUGUCUUAGUUCGCGGUCACCUGAGCGCCGGGGCGACUCUGCGGCGCUCGGCUUGGCGGAUCUCCGCCCUCCGCGGGUCCUGCCCGGAGACCCCCGCCCUCUCCUCCCGGGGGAGCGUUCGCUGCGCCUUCGGGAUCCCUCGACGGGGUUUCCCUCCCCCCUUUUCGUUCGUCGUCCUUUCCCCGGUGGGCCGGACCGGGCCAAGCCGGGCAGCCCGGGCGAGGUCCCCGACCAUGGCGUCCUUUUUCAAGAAGAAAACCGUGGAUGAUGUAAUAAAAGAACAGAAUCGAGAGUUACGAGGUACACAGAGGGCUAUAAUCAGAGACCGAGCAGCUUUAGAGAAACAAGAAAAGCAGCUGGAAUUAGAAAUUAAGAAGAUGGCCAAGAUUGGUAAUAAAGAAGCUUGCAGAGUUUUAGCCAAGCAACUUGUACACCUACGAAAACAGAAAACGAGAACUUUUGCUGUAAGUUCAAAAGUCACUUCCAUGUCUACACAAACCAAAGUGAUGAAUUCCCAGAUGAAGAUGGCUGGAGCCAUGUCUACUACAGCAAAAACAAUGCAGGCAGUCAACAAGAAGAUGGAUCCACAGAAGACAUUACAGACAAUGCAGAAUUUCCAGAAGGAAAACAUGAAAAUGGAGAUGACGGAAGAAAUGAUCAAUGACACACUUGAUGACAUCUUUGAUGGUUCUGAUGAUGAAGAAGAGAGCCAGGAUAUUGUGAAUCAAGUUCUUGAUGAAAUUGGAAUCGAAAUCUCCGGAAAGAUGGCCAAAGCUCCAUCCGCUGCCCGAAGCUUACCAUCUGCCUCUACUUCAAAGGCUACAAUCUCUGACGAGGAGAUUGAACGACAACUCAAAGCUUUAGGAGUCGAUUAGAUAUUUCUAAAAAGCCAUAAUAUUUUGCUUACUUAUAAUUAUUUAGCAUACUCCAGGCACAGUGCAGACUUCUUUCACACAGCGCAUUUAUUUUGCAAAAAUGAAGACCAUGAGUGAACAUUUGUUUCCUAAACCAUGGCUACUUUGCCUCUUUUGCCAAAGAAUGGUAAUAAUGCAGAAAUGGGAACCAUUUGGACUUUAAUUAGAACUAUUUGGGAGUGAUUAUGUAUAAAACGUUGAUAUGUCUCCACAUGGCAUAGAGAAAUUACAUCCAUUACUUUAUCUAGUUCAUGUUCUAAAUCUUUGUACCAUGAAUACAAAAAAUGUGUUCAGUGCCACUAGGCACUAACUUAGAAAGACUUGUAAAAAUAUUAAAAGUUUAUAACUGUUUCUGUAACUGUUGCCUGUCCUGUAUAAGUGAUUAUAUGUUAUGACCAGAGGCGGUCCAGCUGCCAAAUUAUUUUUAAAUGAUCCAAAAGCAGAGUGCUAUUUAAACAUCUGUCUUAAAAACUGUCAUGAGUUUUUUUUUUUUCCUUCCCCCCUAUGGGAGAAAAUUCUAGAUAGUAAGUUUAUUACCUUUCAAAAUGUGCUUAACACCUGCCUUAAAUAAUACAGACAUAUUGUGCACAUCUUUUAACUGACAGAAAAGAAUUACAUCUUAAGCUAAAAUUGAGGCUUCUUACAGAAGUCAUCCAGACUCUUCCGUGAAGCUUAUAAUAUUGAGUUGAAUAUGAUUAGUAAAAAUCUGACACUGAACAAGCAAGACGUUAUUGUACUAAACCAAUGUAUGUUUGGUCUUCCAAGAACUGAGGAAAUAUUCUUUUAUUUAACUUCUGUUUAAUUUUGAACUGUGUUAAGUGUAUAUGAAUGCUGUAAAUUGAAAACAUAAUUCUCAAGUAAUUAUUCUUUGCUAAGACUCCACCUAAAUUUUCAAAUAAAAACUAGAAUUCUUUUCCUUGGUAAUAAACUGUAACUGUCAGAAAUUA